AUGAUAUUCUAAAUUAUACUUAUAAUAAUUGGAUAUCUCAUGUAUUAUUGGCAUAAAAAGAUUAGAUUGCCGAAUUUCAAGUUGGAAACGAUUACUAAUACUCUACUCUAUCUUUAUGUUUCUAAUUAUGGUGGAUUGGUUAAAAUGUAAAUCUAAUUUUAUUAUUUUAAGUAUUUUUCUGUUCUCUCAAAAAAAAAUGUUUCAAGUUAGAGUUACAUUUAAUAACAUUUAAAUUAGAAAACAUUUUUGUUAUCUAAUCAAUGA